AUGCGCAGGAAACCGCUUCACAUUGCCCACCCGGGCAAGAGCGAUCGAAAAAGGCUCCGAAACGAUUGCUCCUCUUCCGAGGAAGAAGAGCCAAAGACAUCUCGCAAGGAUUCGGAAGACGCCAUACGCGCCUCCGAGGACGAGAUUCAGGACUUGCUUGUGAGCGAAAAUGGGGGAGCGCGAGCGCACAAACACCACACGACAAAGCAAAUGCUUCCAAAAGAGUUGAAUAGGAAAAGAAAAGGCCACCCAUCAACAAACAGUUCGCCGAAAUGGCCAACAAACGUUGGAGCAAGAAACUUGACCAAGAAGAGGUUUCGAAUCUCUUGGCGAGGUACGACCCCCCGGGAAACUGUGUAGAAAUAUCUGUCCCACGCGUUGACCCAGAAAUCUGGCAAUUCCUUAACGCGUUCAAAAGGAAAACCGACCUUCGGUUUGCAAAUAUACAGCAAGCCCUACAGAAUUCAAGUUUUGCCACUUUAAAAAACGCGGGAACACUUAUCAAAAUAUCUGACUUGAGUGCCCCAACAAGCAGAGUCGAUGUUGUGGCUUUAUUAGGUCACGCAGCAAGCGAAUUAUCUGUUUUGCGGCGGGAAAAACUCAAACCCUCCUUGAAGCCUGAAUUCCAUGCUCUAUGUUCUUCGGAGACGAUGUCCUCGCAGAAGCUGCCAAUCGUGAAAGACUUAGCGAAAAAAAAACCGCGAUGUCAAAGAAACCCAUCGUCUUGGAAACAAGGUAGGCUCCUCUAA